AUGUCUGACACUGAAGCCUUGAAAAUCUUUUCCAGACAGUACGUCUCCAACGAGAUGGUCGAUAUCUUGGUCGCCACGACCAAUUCUGUUAUUCAAAUCAAGAAUGCCCCACAACAAGACUCUACCAAACUUGUGUCUUUGAGAAAGUUCAUCUGUCGCUUGAUCGAACACUCCAACGUUCAAACGCCCACACUCAUGACCGCUUUGGUUUACUUGAACAGAUUGAGGGGUGUUUUGCCUGGCAAUGCUGUUGGUAUGGGUACAACGCGCCAUCGCAUAUUCCUUGCAUCGCUCAUCAUAAGCGCUAAGACUCUCAACGACUCUAGUCCUUUGAACAGACACUGGACAAAAUACACAGACGGUCUCUUGACGAAUAAGGAUGUCAAUCUGGCGGAGCGUGAGCUUAUUUCUUUGUUGCGCUGGAAUCUUACAGUUCCAGAAAAGGAACUCGUCGUGGUAUUGCACCCUUUUCUUGUACGCAUCAAGAACGAUCUUCGCAAGAAACAGGAGGCCGAAAAUAGACAAAAGUCGGAAUACUACCGCAUGUCGAACUUCCAAUCAAACAACUCUCUAUCAUCUACCAAAUCAUCCAUCUUCUCAUCUACUAGCUCAUUGAGAAGCUCCCCAUCAUCAUACCACAACUUGGUCGAGAGUGCGCCCAGGACACCUCUAAAAGAGAAAUCAAUCCCAGCUAUGAACUAUCAUGGCCACGGCUAUUCAUAUAAAUCAGCUUCGGACAUACUGUCUCUUGGCCCAGCUCCCCGUUUGAGAGCAAACUAA